GUUUCAGUUCUUCACGUGUAUUGGGCGCGAACAGUCCGACAAUUUGGUUUAAGCGAUGACAGCUACGGCAGUCUAUACAACAACAAUAAUUCAGUGAAAAAGAAGACACUCACGUGAACAUUUGAAGAAAGUAACAAAACUAAUAAUUACAACAAAGAAGUUUUAGUUUACAAGUAAAGUGCGUAAAAUUGGCGUGUUCAAGUUGUCAAGUUCGGCAUAUAUGGCUUGAAUACUGAAUGCCGACGUGAUCAGGUGUUUCACUUUCGCAGAAUUUUUCUAUUGAAACUCAUACGAAUUGUAUGAAAUCGCGAGGAAAGUGCAAAAGUGUUGAGAGCGAUUAGAAAGAGUAAUUAGUGUUUUUUCUCCUGCUGGAGGUAUAGAUAGAUUUCGUACGUCAUUGACUCGGCUCAACGAUAGUGCUUCAUUCAUUUGUACAGCAGACAUUGCUUUGACUGUAUCGAUCACAGUGUCUUCGGCAUAAAUUGAGGCAUCUUCAACAUCAAAAGCAGUGCACUCCUUCAAACUCGGGAUAAAUAAUCGUACAUAUAUACAUAUAUAAUAUAUAGUUGUGUAUAUAACCGGCAGUAACAAGACGUUAUUGACCAAGGGGCGCUGCCAAACACACCAAAAACAAUCAACUACCGGCAAUAAUAAUAACCGCAGAAUCAACAACAGCGACAACAAAAACAAGUACGUGCAACACAAAACAGAAAGCAAACAAGAAAUUCAGCUGCCACAACAAAAGCAACAGCAUACAAAAAACAACAACAACAACAGCAAAGACGACAACGGCCGGCAACAUGUCAUGGUGGAAACAAGUGCGCUGCGCACUCGCGCUGGCAGACAUGAAUGACGGCAGCAACGGCAACGGCAAUUGCAGCUGCCAUAAACAAAGACGUUGCAACAGGUUAACCUGUUAUCGCAAUGGCAACAGUAGUGGCAGCAAUCAACCCAAAGCUUUGCCACUGUUCAUCACAGUGGCCAUACUGGCGUUGGCUGUGACACCGAUCGAUGCCGCUGUUAUAAAGCGAUCUAUAGCAGAGACAACCACCGACUUGAAUUCUACCACACCGUAUACACCACUAGCAACAAACGAUGAAACUGAUUCCACCACAGUUAAUACACCACUUUUAGCUAAUAACUCAACCACCAUUGAGAAUGUUCAGCACAAUACAGCCGCGACUGAACCGGAAAUGACAACAAUCGGCAGUAGUACUGUACGACACGACGAUCAAAUGUUGACUUCGCAAACGCGACCAGAUGUGAACAAUGAAAUCGCACAAGUUGUCAGCGAAGAGUCAGCGACAGAUUUGCGCGUAAAGGCAAAUCCAAAAUUCGAUUAUGUCGAGACUGUGCUGAAUGAAAAUCUGGAGGAUUCCAUACGUAAUUCCGUGAGAAAUGAAAUCGAAUUCGAACAAGAUAUCGUAGCUGCAGAAGUUCAGCACCAAUUGAAUGUAACGGAUGAAGAGGAGCGGCAAAAACUUGCCGACGAAGUACAGUUAAUACAGAGCGCGCUGCAGGAGAGUAGCACCAAAUCCAGUGCUGCGUUUGAUGUGCUAGCAGAGUUAACAUCCACAACCGCAGAUACGGUGCGCGAACAACUAUCGACAACAGAAAGUACAACACUCGCGCAUUCAAAAAGUGUGAGUAACGAUCUUUCAGUACUAUUCCCAGUACAAACUGAGGAGACGAGCAGGUCUACUGCGGACAAUCAGCGUGGUGCCAGAAAUCUAAAUAUCCAUGAGAACGAAAAUACAGAAAUUUUAAACGACCAUAGUGAAACAAAUCUGCAGUUCAAUGAAGAUGAUGGCAUGCAAAAUAUUGAAGAAGACAAGGUUGAUGCACAAGAUGGAGCACUAGAUGCAGAUAAGAGCUCACUACAAGCGCAAUUCAGCCGUAUUUCUGACUCAGCGCUAUACUCACAUGAGGCUAAUGAAAUCGAUGCAGAAGGAAUCAUACAAAGAGAGUCGAGCAGUGUACUGGAGAAUCAACAUUAUGAAGAUGAUACAAAGUUGGAAGAUGAAAAUACCAGUACUUCAACUGAGCAGCACUCAGCGAGUUCGGUAGAGAAUAACUUAAGUAAUGAAAGUAGUCAGCCGUCAGCGUCACCGUCAGUUGUCACAGUUGAGAGUCAUGAGACAUCUUCAUCAAGCGCUUCGAAUGAAAUUGUGGAUACAACGCAAGAACACUCAAGCACUCAAACAACGGAAAAUCAUACUUCAGCAGUGAAUCUGAAUGAGAGCACGAUAACGCCCGCAGCAACGGAUGAAGCAUCGCUAUCUAUAGUUUUAGAUGAAAACCUCAACGCCACUGAAGCUACUACAGCCUUGGCUGCUGAACUACCAGAAGAUUUAUUGCAACUGGAUGAAAGUGAUGCGUUAGCCAACGAGGAAGUUGCCACUACUGCCGAACCCGAAAGUGUGAAAAGUGUACAUACGGUAAUUAAAAAACAGGGUGUUGAAUUGGAUGAAGUCAUAUUGGAACCCGUACCUCUUGAACCGGUGGAAGAGACAACCGCCAGUGUGGACAUAGUUAAAGAAGAGCUCCUAGAGAGGGAGGAGACCACAGCUAAAGCAACCGUAACUUCGGUAAAUGAUGUUGACAUUGAAAAAGAACAAAGCUUACAAAAUGACGAUGCGGCAAAUGAAACAAGUUUACCGUUAGACGAUAAAGACGACGAUCAAGCUGUUUCGGAGCCUAUAGAGACGAUUACGGGACAGGUUGUUGACGAAAAUAUACAAACUAAUAUUGAAGUGGACACGCUUAAUGAAGACAACAAUCAAAUAGACGCAAAAAGUAGCGAAGUAACCGAGCAUGAUGACCAAGUUGUGGAUAGUAACAGUAACCCAAAAACUAACGAAGGGAGCACAUAUGCUGCCGAUAAACAAGAUGCGCUCAAUGAUAAUCAAUACUUGGUUGAAAUAAACAAUGAUAUUAGUAGUCAAACAGAAAAAUCAAGCACAACUGAAAAUGUGUCAAGCGCAAGAGUUGAAACACCAACAGAAGAAACAGAAGAGUCAGCGAUCCUAGUACAAGCAGAGAAAGACAAUGAAAUUACACAACGUAGCUCAACCACUGAGUCCAUGAUCGAAACCGAAGAUAAUGGGAAAAUGUCAAGUUCAACCACAGAACGUACGGGUCAAAUGCAUAUUUCAUUGCUGGGCACAACACAACUACCAAACGCUGAGCUACCACAUACCUCCACCGCCACAAUUGACAGACAAUCCACAACACUCAAAGAGAUCGAAGUGAUCGAUGGAGAUGACAAUAACACGGACGAUCCUGACAUAGUGCCACUUUUGGUGGGCGUAAGCACCGGACAGGGUGAUGUCACCGCCUCCACGAAAGGUUCACGCUCGAUCAACACACAGACACAUCACACAAUGUUGCUGACACAGUUGGACGAUACAAUGGCGGCGACACUCUUUGAAACCUUUCCGCCACACAACGCCGGACGCACUCUAAAUGAUCACAUGGCUGCUGAGAGUAGUGGCGGCAUUGGUAAACCGUUGCCAACGCGCAGCAUAAAUGAAGCGACAUCCGCUUCGAUCUUCAGUCGCUCCGGUCUAAUAAUUGUGGUUUGCUCCAGCAUCGCCUUCAUGUUUCUGCUCGUCUCGGUGGUGGCUUUCCUCAUCUCAUUCCAACGACAACAUGGCACAUUGGACAUUGAAAUGCAGGAGCAACGCUGCGGCAAAGACGAUCUCGACGAGGAGGACGAGGAGGUUGGCACAUGCACGAAGUUGUUGGAGAUCGAGUUGCCAAAGUCGACGAUAGUGUCGGCGUCCUGCGAGGAGCUGGAGGAGUGUUUGUAGGAAAUAUGUAGAUUUCUGCAGAGAAUGGACGCGUUAUUGUAAAUAUAAAGGAAUGCAGAGACUUUUUACAUUAACACACACACACAUAGUCAUAUACGAGUAUAUAUUUAGGAGAUAUUUAAACAUGAAUUUGUUGUAUUGGUGAACGAAUUAGUUAUUUAGUUAGCAUAAAAUCGAAAACAGACUGUAAUUUUUAUUAUUUUUAUUUUUAAUAGAAAUAUUCUUAUGUACUCGUAUGUAUUAUAUUAUAUCUUUGUAGUAUGUAUAACAUUACGAUUGUUUUGCCAUAUUUUUCGAAUUCUUUAUCACGCAUACAUAUACAUAAACAUACAUAUUUAUGUGAAUUAAUAUUUCAUUGUUUUUAAACAUUUAAAUUUUUGCUAUGCAAUCACGACGGUGGAACUGAGAAACGAAAAACAAUAUAUAUUUUUGUUAAAUAUAUAAUCUUAACCCAGAUACAGUUAUUUAUUAGUAUUAGAGAAGUGGCAUUUCAUAUACGAAAAACUUAAGUCAAAAUUAGUUUUGUAGCUUCGCAUUAAGUUAUUUCAUUGCAUGAAGUUUGAAUAAAUGAAUAAAUCAAAAAUUAAAAAAAAUUGUAUUUUCUUCCUGAAAGUUAUUAUAGCUCUAAAUUAUAAAACACCCCUAGAAAAGUAAGACUUGAGUCUGUUUAGUUUCAGAAUAUAUAAUGAACUUUCAAACAUUCA